AUGUCGGCUUGUGGAAUAAAGCUGAUGCCAUGGCUUGCCUCUUCAGUAACUAUGGAUAUUUGUUUGUGGAUGAGUUUAAUGUUAUUCCACAUUUAUCAAGUGAAUAGCAUUUCUUGUAACCAUAGUGAUGUGACAAUAUGGAGAGACAAUCCUGUUAACAUUACGGUUUCCUGGUCUUUGGAUCAAGUCUGCGACACUUACAAAGAAUGUCAUGGAAUUGAAAAUUCUCGUAUUGUUUAUCUGCCUCAGUUAUGCCCUGUAGAGAUGCAGGAAGGUGACUUCCUAAUCUUAGUGCCUGCUGGUAUACCUUUACCACAUAUAGAUGCAGCCAGAGUCUCUGACCAGGAUUUCAUUGAUUGUCCAGGUGACCAGUAUCCGGAUGCUUUGAGAGUUGUUCCAUAUGCAACGAUUGAAACUGUUUUUGUUGAUGUUUCAUUACUGCAACCUGGAGUGAAUUUCUUUGCACAGCUUCCGGAUGGUGCUUUCUCCCGAUGCGAUUUUGGUCUUCGACUCAAUGUAACAGUGAAGCCAAGAAACUGUGAAGCGAAUACUAAUUUACAAACUUGCAGUGGCCAAGGUGUUUGCCUUAGCAGACGGCAAGACGGUAUGUUUCAAUGUGAUUGCAAUCCACCAUAUAGCGGAGACUAUUGUGAGGAGAUUGAUGGUUGCCAUGGUAACCCUUGCAACUAUAACAGCACAUGUAUUGAUAUGAUCCAAGGGCAUGCUGGGAAUUUAUUUGCCUGCCAGUGUCCACCAGGAUUUGCCGGACCAGAGUGUUCUAGUUUAGUUGGACAAUGUAGUGACGGUGUCUGUAAUUAUGGUUUUUGUGUUCAACUGUCGUCUAGUAUGUAUCAGUGUGAAUGCCAAGAAGGUUACACAGGUCCUUUUUGUGCAGAGUGGAUCAAGACUUGUACCUCUGAUACUUGUCAAAAUGGUGGGACAUGCACAGAUCUUUUUCUGGACUUCCACUGUGAAUGUGUGGCAGGUUAUGAAGGACUUUACUGCGAAACAAACAUUGACGAGUGUUUGAGUAGUCCAUGUCCAAACAUCUCAACGUGUGUAGACUUCAUUGAUGAGUACUAUUGUAAAUGCCCACCUGGGUUGACGGGUGAGCAUUGUGAAGACGAAGCAGGGUACUGUUCUGUGAAUCCCUGCUAUAACGGUGGGACAUGUGUGGAGUUGGAUAACAAAUAUCGGUGUGUGUGCCCAGCUGAUUGGCAAGGUGUCAACUGUGAAGUCAGCACUGGGUUGUGUGAUGAUGACACAUGUCUAAAUGGUGCCACAUGUUCAGUGUUUGCAAAUAACGUGGUGUGUAACUGCCAUCCUGGGUAUACUGGUGCAAGAUGUAACAGCAUUGUUGACUACUGUACCUACCAGCAGUGUGAGAAUGGGGCUACCUGUAAUAACUUUGGUGAAUUCCUUGAUGUACCGGGAUAUAACUGUACAUGUACACCAGGAUUUAUUGGUUUUCACUGUAACUUUCCGGUUGAUUUAUGCGAUCCUAAUCCAUGCCAACACAGUGGUAUAUGCAGCAAUCACCAGACUUAUUACAAUUGUACUUGUCCAUUAGGUUACCUUGGUGAUAAUUGUGAAGUGAACAUUGAUGUAUGCGAAGGCCAAGUAUUAUGUUACAAUGGAGCUGCAUGUGUUGAUGGUGAUACUGAACUGCAAUACACGUGUCUAUGUGCUCCUGGAUUUAUAGGCUCAGACUGCAGUCUGGAGGUAGAUGAGUGCAUUUCUGAUCCAUGUGAGCAUGAUGCUACAUGUGUUGAUAAUGUUGGUUACUAUGAAUGUCUAUGUGUGCCUGGAUUUCAAGGUGUUAAUUGUGAAAUAGGAAUAGAUAAUUGCCAACCACAGCCAUGUUAUAAUAAUGGUACAUGUCGAAACAUAGAAGGUGGAUACGUAUGUGAAUGCAUUGUUGGAUUUGCUGGUGAGAACUGUGAUGUUGACGUUAAUGAGUGCGCCAGUAAUCCUUGUCAAAAUGCAGCCACCUGUCAAGAUUAUGCUAAUGAGUACAGAUGUGUAUGUGCACCUGGAUACACGGACCUAAACUGUGAGACUGAAAUCAAUGAAUGUGAAAGCUUACCAUGUUUAAACGGUGCAACUUGUAUUGACCAAUUGGACUCCUUCAUGUGCGUUUGUGCACCUGGUUUCACAGAUGUUGUUUGCAGUACGAAUAUUAAUGAGUGUCUCAGUAAUCCUUGUUUAAAUGCUGCAACUUGUUUGGAUGACAUCAACGAGUACAUCUGCGUAUGUGCCGAAGGUUUCACCGGAGUUACCUGUGGUACUAAUAUUGAUGAUUGCGCGAGUUCUCCAUGCCUGAAUGGUGGUACAUGUAUUGAUGGUGUUAAUGCAUACACAUGUGUCUGUGCACCUGGCUAUACUGAUGAUAAAUGUAGUGCUGCUGUAAACCACUGUGCCAAUCAACCAUGUGAAAACAACGGCGUCUGCACCAGUGACUUGACAGAUUACAUUUGUUUCUGUCAGCCCGGGUAUUUUGGUCGUAACUGCUCUUUAGAGAUUGAAGAGUGCGACAGUAACCCUUGUCAGAAUAACGGCACUUGUGUAGGUGAUAUUAAUGGAUUUACUUGCAUAUGCACGGCUGGAUUUACAGACUAUCUUUGUUCCACUAUGAUUGAUCCAUGUGAUGAUCAACCGUGUCAAAAUGGAGCAACUUGUUCUUCAAACAAUUUAGAGUUUUUAUGUCAGUGCCCACCUGGAUUUACUGGUGAACUGUGUGAAAUCAACAUUGAUGAUUGUGAACCUGAUCCUUGUCAAUUUGGUGCUACAUGUGUGGAUUUGGAUAAUGACUAUACAUGCCUAUGUACACAAGGAUUUCAGGGUCGGAACUGUAGUGAAAAUAUCUUAGAAUGCACAUCAAAUCCAUGCAGGAAUGGAGCUACGUGUGUGGACCAUGUCAACGGAUAUGAGUGUUAUUGUCCACCAGGUUUAUUUACAGGUGAUUUUUGUGAAAUCCCAACCCAUCGAUAUUGUUCCUUCUUCCCCUGCCAGAACAAUGGAACAUGCCAGAUUAUAGAUGAGAAUUCUUACAGAUGUGACUGUACCAAUCACUACAUAGGGGUGAACUGUGAAACUUACAUUGCUUUCUGUGAUAACAACAAUUGCUUGAAUGCUGCAACUUGCAUUGAGGGAGAGUCAACUUAUUUAUGUCAAUGUAGAGUGGGAUAUACAGGGCAGUACUGUGAGAUUGAUAUUGACUUCUGCCAGGGCGUUAUUUGCGAUAAUGGUGGAAUAUGCAAGGAUGGUGAGACAACCUUCAGUUGUCAAUGUUUAAUUGGAUACAUUGGAACAUACUGUGAAGUAAAUAUCAAUGAAUGCGAUUCUAAUCCGUGUCAGAAUGGAGCAACGUGUGUGGAUGGAAACGCAGAGUUUCAGUGUCUGUGCAGUCUUGGAUUUAUUGGGGAGACUUGUGAAGUUGAAGUCAAUGAGUGUGACUCUAAUCCGUGUCAAAAUAACGGUGUUUGUAUUGAUUUGAUAGAUACUUACCAGUGUCAGUGUGGAAUAGGGUUUACUGGAGAUGAUUGUUCAGUUGACAUUGAUAUUUGCUCUCAGGGAGUAUGUCUAAAUAAUGCUACAAACUGUGUGGAGUCUAAUGAUGGUAAUAACUAUACAUGUACCUGUCAACAAGGCUUUUCUGGUUUUAAUUGUGAGAUUAAUAUUAAUGACUGUGAUCCGAAUCCUUGUCAGAAUGGUGCUGUCUGUCGUGAUGCCAUAGAUGCCUAUCUGUGUUAUUGUCCUGAUGGCUACACCGGCUCACAUUGUGAAAUUAACUUUAAUGACUGCGAUAGUUUGCCAUGUCAGAACGGUGCAACGUGUAUAGAUGAAGUCGCUAAUUUCACAUGUCAAUGUCUGUCGGGAUAUGUUGGAUUCACGUGUGAUACGGAAAUAGACGAAUGUAUGUCAAAUCCUUGUCAAAAUAGUGGCACUUGUGAAGAUCUCAUCAAUGCCUACCUCUGUCAAUGUCUUCCAGGUUUUGCAGGAGAUGAUUGUUCUGUGGAUAUAAAUGAAUGUUUAUCAAUGCCGUGUCAUCCUAUCAAUACAAUACAAUGUAUCAAUAUCAACAAUGGGUAUGAAUGUGAGUGUCAUCUUGGUUAUGACGGCGUACACUGUGACAAUGAAAUCAAUGAAUGUACAGACCAUUCAUGUGUAAAUGAUGCAACAUGUGUUGAUGAAAUCAAUGGAUACAGCUGUGUUUGUGAUGUCGGUUUCACUGGUACAUUUUGUGAAAUAAACAUCGAUGAAUGUUCCAGCAACCCUUGUCAAAAUGGCGGUACUUGUGAAGAUUUUAUUAAUGCUUACAUCUGUUUGUGUCCUGAAAACGAUCUAAUAUAUGAUGAAAACUGUAAUCUUGUGAUGCCAUGCGAUAACAACAUAUGUGAAAAUGGCGCCCUCUGUGUUGAUAAUUUGGUUGACUAUUCAUAUUCUUGUCGAUGUUUGCCGGGAUAUUCUGGACGAUACUGCCAGGAGGAUAUUGAUGAAUGCUUUAUCUUCGAAAUUGUGUGUCAAAAUGGCGGUGUUUGUGUGGACUUCAUCAACAGCUAUGCCUGUGAAUGUGCAAACGGUUACCAAGGAGAUGUAUGCCAAAGUGAAAUUGAUGAAUGUGCAAGUAACCCAUGCAUAAAUAACAGUACUUGUAUCAAUGGGAUUGGGGAAUACAGUUGUACUUGUUCACUCGGUUACACUGGUAUCAACUGUGAAGAAUUCUUGACUAGUUGUGAUCAGUUACCGUGUUUAAACGAUGCCAACUGUGUGAGUGUUUCCAGUGGUGUCCCAAACGGUGAUGUUGAGUUCAUCUGUGAAUGCACUACAGGAUUUGUUGGUGUAUUCUGUGAAACCGAACUAGACGAGUGUUUAUCCAAUCCGUGCGUCAAUGGUGGUACGUGUUCCGAUCAGGUUAAUGGAUACGAGUGUCACUGCACAUCGGGAUUCGAAGGUCAGAACUGUGAUGAGGAAAUUGACGAAUGUGUUAGUCAGCCUUGUCAAAAUGAAGCAACGUGCGUGGAUGCUUUCAACUCGUUCACAUGCAUAUGUCCGCCAGGAUUUGAUGGGUCUUUGUGCGAAAUGGAUAUCAACGAAUGUGCUUCUAGCCCAUGCAGCAUUAACUCAAGCGUAUGUCAGGAUGGUGCUAACAGCUACCAAUGCUAUUGUCUUGAUGGAUACACUGGAGUAUAUUGUCAAAUUAAUAUCAAUGAAUGUUUAUACGGUUUGUGUCAGAAUAAUGCUCAAUGCAUUGACGGUAUAGCGACUGUGAGUUGUGUCUGUGCAACAGGGUUUACUGGGCAGUAUUGUGAUGUUAAUAUUGAUGAGUGUUCAUCUGAGCCGUGUCAGAGAGGAGGUACUUGUAUGGAUGGGAUAGAUUAUUUUAUUUGUGUCUGUGCAAAGCCAUACAGAGGGGAAUUCUGUGAACUCUUACCAUGUGAAGAUUUUCCAUGUGAAAAUGGAGGUGUAUGUAGUGAUGAUUACGAGUCAGAAGAAGGAUUCACAUGUCAGUGUCGCCCUGGAUUCUUAGGUAAUCGUUGUGAAAUCAACGUGGAUGACGUAACACUAGAACUAUCUUUCUUUUCUAUCAGUAAUCGUUGUGAAAUCAACAGGGAUGAUAAUGGUGCAACCUGUGUAGAUCUUCACCUGGCCUAUAGCUGUAUAUGUCCUGACGGUUUUUCUGGUUUUGAUUGUGAAAUAAAUAUUAAUGAAUGCGGUUCCAAUCCAUGCCAGAAUGGGGGACUUUGCCGCGAUUUAACAAAUGGUUACACAUGUGUAUGUGUUAUAGGAUACGGUGGUACUAAUUGCGAUGAAAACAUCAAUGAUUGUCUGAUUGGAUUGUGUCAAAAUGGAGGAGUGUGCAUUGAUUUGGUGAAUGAUUACAAGUGUGAAUGUGCUUUGGGUUGGAACGGUAGGAACUGUACAGAUGAGGUCAACGAGUGUGCAUCACUACCAUGUCAGAAUGCUGGACUAUGUCAGGAUUUAAUUGGACAGUACACAUGUGAUUGUGUAACUGGAUAUAUGGGUACUAAUUGUGAAGUUGAUAUAAAUGAAUGUGACAGUGUUCCAUGUCAGAAUGACGGAAUAUGCAGUGAUCUUGUUGGUAAUUAUACAUGUGACUGCAUAGCAGGCUGGACUGGUAGAAAUUGUGAUCAGAAUAUUGAUGAAUGUCAGUCAGCACCUUGUAUUAAUGGAAUAUGUGAAGAUUUGAUUGCUGAUUACCAGUGUACAUGUUAUGAAGGAUGGCAAGGCAGUAAUUGUGAUGUAGAUAUCAAUGAAUGUAGCAGUAAUCCUUGUCAAAAUGAUGGUAUAUGUAGUAAUCUAAAUAAUCAGUAUUCAUGUACUUGUACUUCAGGAUUCACAGGUUUUAUUGGUAAUUAUUGUGAGAUUAAUAUUAAUGAAUGCGUCAGUAAUCCUUGUCAGAAUGAUGCUGUGUGUCUUGAUGAAGUUAAUGGCUAUGCUUGUAAUUGCACACAAGGAUGGACUGGUGAAACAUGUACCAUUGAUGUUGAUGAAUGUGCGUCAAAUCCAUGUGUGAAUGGUGGUAUAUGUCGACAGAAAUCAGUUGGUGAAGGCUACAUUUGUUACUGUGUACCUGGAUACGGUGGAAUACACUGUGAAUAUGAAGUUAAUGAGUGUCUGUCUGAUCCCUGUCAGAAUGCUGGUACCUGUUACGAUGAAUUGAAUCAAUACCGAUGUAUCUGUCCAAUGGGUUAUACUGGUGAUCACUGCGAGUUGGAUGUGUGUGCCAGCUCACCAUGUCUGAAUGGAGCCACAUGUGUGCAUCCCCAGCCUGAUAGAUAUUACUGUGUUUGCCCGUAUGGGUUUGUGGGAACUUACUGUGAAUACGUUGAUCAGUGUUUGAGUCAACCGUGCAGUAAUGGAGCCACAUGUACAAGUGAUGGUUUAAGUUACAAUUGUAUCUGUUUACCGGAGUAUACUGGACCAGAAUGUGAAACGUAUCUACUAUCAUCAACUAGCAGUAUUUAUUCAUUAUCAACAAGCAGUAUCCAGUAUACAACUAGUGUUAUUAAACAGUCUACUAGCAGUAUCAAACCAUCACCAACUAGCAGUAUUGAACCAUUCUCAACAAGUAGUAUACAGUUGGGUGUAACUAGCAGUAUACAACCAACACCAGGUAUUACUAGUAGUAUAGAACCAACACAAGGUAUAACCAGUAGUAUACAACCAACACAUGGUAUUACUAGUAGUAUACAACCAACACCAGAUAUUACUAGUAGUAUGCAACCAACACCAGGUAUCACUAGUAGCGUACAACCAACACCAGGUAUAACCAGUAGUCUGCAACCAACACCAGGUAUUACUAGUGGUAUACAACCAACACCAGGUAUAACCAGUAGUCUGCAACCAACACCAGGUAUAACCAGUAGUCUGCAACCAACACCAGGUAUAACCAGUAGUAUACAACCAACACCAGGUAUAACCAGUAGUAUACAACCAACACCAGUAAGUUCAUUAGGACCAUAUUCAAGUUCUGCCAUGUCCAUUUCAUCAAGUUCAACAGUUGUAUCGAGUGAAUUCAUCCCAUCAGUAACCACAUCAAGCUUUACAACAGCAAUAUCAAGUUCAAUUCCAGUUGUGUCAAGUGAUAUCAUACCAUCAGUAACUGCACCAAGCUUUACAACAAUGUCAUCAAGUUCAAUUCCAGUUGUGUCAAGUGAAAUCUCACCAUCAUUAACUGCAACAUCUGUUCGAACACCAUCAAGCUAUUUAGAAAUGACGUCUACAGUAGAAACAAGUGUAUUGCAAACUAUAUCAAGUUCUUUAGGAGCAACAUCAACUGCAGAAUCACACGCAACAAGUUCUUCAGGUGUUGAAACAACAACAACAACAACAAUACCAUCACAAUUAUUAAGCUCUUUAGAACUUACAUCAGAAACAAGUUUAAUUGCCACUACAUCAAGCAUACCAAUAUCACUACCAACAGCAGAAAUAAUUACCACUACAUCAAGCAUACCAAUGUCACUACCAUCAACAGAAAUAAUUGCCACUACAUCAAGCAUACCAAUGUCACUACCAUCAGCAGAAAUAAUUACCACUACAUCAAGCAUACCAAUGUCACUACCAUCAGCAGAAAUAAUUGCAUCUGAAAGUUUAUUCAGCGUAACAACCACAAUACCACCCAUAUCAUCUAGUUCUUCGGUUGAAAUUCCUUCUCUGACAAGUACAUUAAAAAUGGCAUCAACUAGGGAAUUAGUGCCAAGCACUCUAGAAACGACACAAGUAACCAUGGCAACCUCAAAUAUUAGUCCAUUCAGCAUAAUAACCACAAUACCACCCAUAUUAUCUAGUUCUUCAGCUGAAAUUCCAACAAUGCAAGUAACCAUGGCAACCUCAAAUAUUAGUCCAUUAGUAUCAGAAUCCUUAAUAAUUCCCUCCAGUUUAACAUUAGCUGCAAGUUCAUCAAUGAUAACAAUGCCAAUCACUGAAAUUUCAUCUAACAUAGAAGAUUCAAGAACUGUCACAACAACAAUCACAGUGUCGUCCAUCCAAUCGCUAUCAUCAGAUAUAGCACUCUCUUCAUCACCAUUGACUUCUCUUUUUUUAACACCAUCUCAGGAAACAAGCUCUGUACCAUCUGUUGUGGUGUUAACAACAUCAGUACCACCUUCUCCAAGUUUGCCAGAUAUAACAACGCUGUUUGUGGCAUCAGAGAUGUCAACUACUCUACAGAAGACAUUAUCACCCGUGGUAAUGCCCACAACUCAAAUUACAACAACAGGUAGUUUCUUGGAAACUACAAGCAGUCCCUUGGCAACAGCAAGCAGUUACAUGGCAACAAGCAGUGCCUUGGAAACUACAAGCACUCCCUUGGCAACAGCAAGCAGUUACAUGGCAACAGCAAGCAGUUACAUGGCAACAGCAAGCAGUUACAUGGCAACAAGCAGUGCCUUGGAAACUACAAGCAGUCCCUUGACAACAGCAAGCAGUUACAUGGAAACAACAAGCAGUUUCUUGGAAACUACAAGCAGUCCCUUGGAAACUACAAGCAGUCCCUUGGAAACUACAAGCAGUUCCUUGGCUACAGCAAGCAGUUACAUGGAAACUACAAGCAGUCCCUUGGCAACAGCAAGCAGUUACAUGGAAACAACAAGCAGUUUCUUGGAAACUAUAAGCAGUCCCUCUGCAACAGCAAGCAGUUACAUGGAAACAACAAGCAGUUUCUUCGAAACUACAAGCAGUCCCUUGGCAACAGCAAGCAGUUACAUGGAAACAACAAGCAGUGCCUUUGAAACUACAAGCAGUCCCAUGGCAACAGCAAGCAGUUACAUGGCAACAACAAGCAGUGUCUUGGAGACUACAAGCAGUCCUUUGGCAACAGCAAGCAAUUACAUGGAAACAACAAGCAGUGCCUUUGAAACUACAAGCAGUCCCUUGGCAACAGCAAGCAGUUACAUGGCAACAACAAGCAGUGUCUUGGAGACUACAAGCAGUCCCUUGGCAACAUCAAGCAGUUACAUGGCAUCAACAAGCAGUGCCUUGGAAACUACAAGCAGUUACAUGGCAUCAACAAGCAGUGUAUUGGAAACAAGCAGUCUUUUGGCAAUAGUAAGCAGUCCCUUAGCAACAACAGGCCCUUCCUUGUCAAUAACAAGCAAUCCUUUGGCAAAAACAACUGAUUUGUCAUCUGUUUUGGGAUCGUUUACUACAACAACAGCAAUACCUAUUGUUGACACAAGUAUACUACAGCCCAGUGAAGGAUCUAUCACAGUGACAGCAAGUCCAGCAUCGAUCAUAGCUUCAAUCUCAACGAGGUCCAGUGCUGUAUCCGAACCAUCAAUAUCACCCACAGUAACCCUAGAACCAUCAAUAUCAACACAAUUAGAAGUUAAGUCAAGUACAGUGCCUCAAGUAGUAACAACAGAAUCUCUGCAAUCGAUAACUUCCAUAUUUCAGACAUCAUCUGUUGAGGUAUCCUUGUCAAGUCCUGUCAUAUCGCCCAGUACUACAGUUACUUUAAUUACUUCAUCUGCAAGCAGUAUUGUACCAACGCCAUCGCUAUCAACAACUUAUAUUAGUUCAUCUAUUAUGGUCACACCUACACCCACUCCAGCUACUACACCUGGACCCCCUACAUGCCUGAAUGGACUGUGCCAGAAUGGUGCUACAUGUUUGGAUGUUAUGAAAGGCGAUCAAUUGAGUUUCCUGUGUCAAUGUACUUUCCAAUAUGAAGGCACUUUGUGUGAGAUUGGCAAGAAUUUUGAUAACCCAGAAUUCAUUGGUGAAUCAUUUCUUGAAUAUCUGCCGUUACCAUUAGCAACUGGAGAAACAUCAACGAUAACUAUCAGAUUUCAGACAGUGAACUCUGAGGGCAGUAUACUGUAUUCUGCAGCUGACUAUAAUAGAGAUGAACUUGAUAUGCCAACUAAUUUUCUACACAUGUACAUUGAAGAUGGCAUUCUGAAGUACCAGUUUUCAUGUACAAUAUCAACCUAUACGUUGGACACUGGAGUUGUUGUAAAUACUGGACAGCAAGUGGAAGUCAUUCUCGUUCAAUCUCAAGAUUGCCGUGCUGUUGUGAUUGUUGGUGGCACGGUGAAACAAGAUGGCUUCCCAUGUUCAUUCUCUUUGUGUGAGAUGACCAAUCUGGGUGCUUUAUACAUUGGUGGAUUACCACCCAAUAUGCAACCUCUAAAUAUUGCACAAGCGUUCACUAACUUCAUUGGGUGCAUAAGCACUCUACAAAUUGAUGGUCUGCUGUAUACAUUCAUGGACGCAGUCAACGGUGCUAGUAUUUACCAGUGUGGAUUAGCGCCCACUCUACCGCCGCAACCAACAACUCUACCGCUAACAACUACUCCUACACCUACCAUUGCACCUACGUGCAUGGAUGUCAUAUGUGAAAAUGGUGGUACUUGUGUUGAUAUUGUGAUGCCAUCUGUCCAGUUUCAAUGUAACUGUCCAUUGCAUUUCAAAGGAACAUUCUGCCAAGAAGAUCUUGUGAUACAUUUCCCAUCAUUCAAUGGGAACUCCUACUUGGAGCAUACUCAGUUGGAUUUUACUAAAUCAACCAAUGAUCUGUACAUCACUUUCAAGACUUCAUCUUUAGAGGGCACUAUACUGUACUCUGCUUUUGAUGUCAGUAGUGCAACCAGUAACUUUAUUCAUUUGUACAUCGAUAACGGCAUAUUGUAUUAUCAAAUGAACUGUGGAUUGGGAAAUGUAUUGACGAUCAACUCGCGCAUAUUUGUUAGUACAGAUCGAUUAGAAGAAGUUUAUAUCAGUCAAAGCAAACCCACUGGUAUGUUUGGUGGCAUGUGUUCAGCCAGCAUAACUGUCAACAACAACCUGCCCGUAUCAGACUCUUUCUUCACGUUCGGUUUAGUAAACAAUCUUGGACCAUUGUAUCUCGGUGGUGUGCCGCUUGGGAUGAUUGCCAUGGCAACUAGUCAACCUGUCAUUAACUUUGUUGGCUGUAUACGACAUCUGCAGAUAAAUGAUGUUGAGUACUAUGUUUUCGACGACGCUGUGACCGGUGUUAAUAUCGGUGAAUGUGAUGUUGAUGCGUGUCAGUAUCAACCAUGCAGAAAUAAUGCUACAUGUACAAUUUCUGCUGAAGACCCAGAAGAGUGGUUUUGUGAGUGUUUAACUGGCUAUGAAGGUGAUCUAUGUGAACGAGUCAUUGAGCAUUGUGUUGGGGAUCCCUGUCUGCAUGGUGCUACAUGUAUAUCUGUAAUAACAGGAUUUGUAUGUCUGUGUCCAUAUGGUAGACAUGGCAUAACAUGUGAACUAAGUAUUACUAUCAACAGACCACAUUACUCUGGAUUGCAGUUUGGAUAUUCUUCCUUUAUUGCCUAUCAACGCGACCCAAAUCUUGAUUUCUUGACCCAUAUAAGAUUAAAGUUCACAUUACAAAAUAUGGAUAGAGCAUUGACCAGUGGACUUAUGUUGUAUUCAGGACAAAAAAGUCAGUUAGCAGGCUAUGGUAGUGACUAUGUGGCAUUGGGAGUACAGAAUGGAUAUCUAGUCUGGAUAGUGGACUUAGGUUCAGGUCCUGCCUUUGUAAGAAGCUCAGCUCCCAUAGAUCUUACACUGACAUUCCAUACUGUUGAUAUGGGACAUGAUAAACAGCUAGUGUGGAUGAAGAUUGACAAUCAAGGCAAUGUAACAGGAACCACCUUAGGACACCUCAUCGGAUUGAAUUCGUUUACUGAUAUUUACAUCGGUGGAUUUGAUGUAUAUCAAUUAGAACUAUUGCCACCUGCUGUUAAUUUUACAAAUGGAUUUCAAGGCUGCAUAUAUGAUGUUGAGAUAAAGGCUGGUAAAUUAAGCGGUUUCACUCCCCCUGGGCAGCCAGCUGGACAUGUAAAGUUUGGUCGUAAUGUUGGCGAGUGCGGGGCAACAGAAUGUGAACUGACUGUUUGCCAUAAUGGUGGUACAUGCAUUGAAUUGGGAGCGUCAGCUGAGUGCCUUUGUAGCCCUGGAUGGACUGGAGUUUCAUGUAAUGAUGUAGUAACACCAUGUGACCCAAGUCAUGAUCCACCAUCACUAUGUAGUGAAGGUUCAACAUGUACUCUGACUAUAGAGGGAUACUUAUGUCAUUGUCCUGUUGGGAAAAUAGGACAGUACUGUGAUCAAGACAUAACCAUCUCAGAUCCAUCCUUCCAGACUGAUUCUUCAUAUAUGUCGUUCGCCAAAAUUGACAUCCGACAUACCACAAAUAUUAAAAUAGAUUUCAAGCCUGACUCGCAAGAGGGAUUAUUAUUCUACGCGGCUCAAAAUCUUGGCGUUUACUCCGGAGACUUUAUUUCAAUCUCUCUCUAUUCUGGAUUCAUUGAAUUCCGUUAUAAACUUGGAUCUGAAGAUGCUAUAGUUAUACGGUCAGCUGAUAGAGUAGAAGUUGUGUCAGAUAAGUGGUACUUAAUAGAAGUUGGUCGAACCAACAGAGAUGGAUAUGUUAGACUGAAUGGUGUAGAAACUACAGGUACUUCAUUAUCUGGUUUGAUAUCUCUGGAUAUAUCUACAUUGUUUUAUCUUGGUGGUGUAUCGCAUUAUGAUAUGAUACCAUACGAUGCUAUGCAAGGUGAACCAUCAGGUUAUAAGGGAUGUAUCAGACAAUUGGUUGUCAAUAAUAGACAAUUUGAACUGAAUAACCAAGGAGUUGUUGAUGGUCAGGAUGUUGGUGAUUGUGAUGGUACUGCAUGUGGUUACGGUGUGUGUAAAAAUAAUGGUCACUGUGCUGCUAUUGGAUCUGAUGACUUCCUGUGUUCUUGUUUUUGGUACCAUCCAUGCAGCUCAUAG